GGGCAGCCGGCAACCAAUCCCGGGCGUCAGGGAGGUGGCCGGGGGCGGGGCAGCGAGUCCCCCGGCAGCGGCGGCGGCGGCACAGGUGAGCGAGCGGUGGCGGCACAGUACGAACUAAGAAAUGGAUGGCUUAGAAUCGGACUUCAACCUGAAAGUCGUCUUAGUCAGUUUCAAGCAGUGUCUCAAUGAGAAGGAAGAGGUGCUGCUGGAUCACUACCUCGCCGGCUGGAGGGGGCUGCUGGUCAGGUUCCUGAACAGCCUGGGAGCCAUCUUCUCCUUCAUCUCUAAGGAUGUCACCGCGAAGCUGCAGAUCAUGGAUCGUCUGCGCAGCGGCCCCCAGCGGGAGCCCUACAGCAGUCUGCAGUCCAUGGUGGCCUACGAGGUGGGCAACCAGCUGGUGGACCUGGAGCGGCGCUCCCGCCACCCUGACUCGGGCUGCCGGACGGUGCUUCGGCUGCACCGUGCCCUGCGCUGGCUGCAGCUCUUCCUGGAAGGCCUGCGCACCAGCCCCGAGGAUGCCCGCACGGCCGUCCUCUGCACGGACUCCUACAAUGCCUCUCUGGCGGCCUACCACCCCUGGAUCAUCCGCCGGGCUGUCACCGUGGCCUUCUGUACGUUGCCCACCCGCAAGGUCUUCCUGGAGGCCAUGAACGUGGGGUCCCCGGAGCAGGCUGUGGAGAUGCUGGGCGAGGCCCUGCCCUUCAUCGAGCAUGUCUACAAUGUCUCCCAGAAACUCUACGCUGAGCAUUCCCUGCUGGAUCUGCCCUAAGGGCCAGCAGGCCAGGUGGGGCAGGUUUCCCCUGCAGAGCUGGGCUGGGGCAGCCGGCACCCAUCAGUCCCACCAUGGAGAUCUGUGAGUGCCCCAGGAAUGGGAAGAACACCUCUCCCCUGCUAGCCAAGCCUGAUCAGAGCCACGGGCACAGCAUGGCCCUCUCGGGCUGUGCUUCUGGCCUAUGGCAUGUAGGCCCUGGCAAUCUACUCCGCCCUUAUCACCUUGCUCUGCCCAGGGGCAUCUUUGCUUUACCCUCAGCUGAGUUACAUAUGUGGUCCAAUCAGGCCUCACCCAGACGGUGAGGUGUAGAAGGCAGGGCGGGAAGGGGCAGGAAUCAGCAUUCAUGGAAAAGCCAGAGAAGCUGCCCGCUGCCUGUGAGCCAAGUCGUGAAAUGGGGCCAAGUCACAGGUCCCUGCGGCACAGAGACUUCAUUCUGCUUGCCAGCAAGCACCUUCAGCAGGUGCUUGUCCACCCCUGGCCCACCUCUGUGUCCGUACCCAGGUACCCUCGGGCCCCCUGCACUCAGGGCUAGUCGUCCCCAGGACAGGGAUAGAACCCUUGGGCAGCCCUUGGCAGUGUAGGCUCCCUCCCGGUCCCUCACGUCCUUACUAGCCAGGGCCCCACAUGUCCUUGGCAGCAACAGCCAGGAACUAAAGCCCUGAGCAGAGGCCUGCCCUGCCUCUCUGCACUCUCAUCAGCUGCCCCCCGCGGCCACACUGUCAGUUGGGUGCCCCCCCCCAGGCAACUGCCUGCGAAUCUGCACAGCACAGCCCAGAGCUCUACAGAGCCCACAGCUCUGCCGGUCCAGGGCUAGCCCUCUCCCUCCCGUCAUCCAGCGAGAGGCUGUGUUCCCUCCUCCCUGCCCCUUGCUGCCCCAGCCCCACAGAGCUCAGGAGACCCAGGAUGAGAUAGCACACGGAGAGAGCCUGGACCGGAUGCCCAGCACGUGGGGGCCUGGCCUGGCCUACUGGCUCUUCACUGUGAGCUCAGGCCCCUCGAUGCCAAGGGGACCGUAUCCACCAUGCAGCAGAUGUACAUACGUGUCAGCUUGCAGAGACCCUGGGAAAGUGUAAUUGUUUUUCCAACAUCAAUAAAGGCCACUUACAGAGCAGGCAGUGCACUCCAGGGUGGAGGUAUUUUGUGUCAGGCGGCCUGCUUACUAAAGGGAGGAGGGGCGUGACCCCAUGGGGCUGAGGCCCUACUGCGAGGCUCACAGGGCAGUGUCAGCCACGGGGACGGGUGGCCUAUCCUGGCCAGCAUGGGGCAGGGGGGUGCGGCCUGUCUGUGCUUGUGUGGCCUCUAGCUUGGUCCCUCGAACCCCCGCCAAGGUCCAUGUCAUUAUCCCCAUUUUAUAGGUAAGAAAACAAUUACCCAAGGGGCUGGGUUGGAAGGGCAGGUCUGAGGGCCCACAAAACCUGUGCAGGGGAGGGGCUCUGAGCCACAGCAGGGGUUGGGACAGAAGGAGGGUCCAUGUCAGGCAGCAUGCUCUCGGACACUCCAGUGUCAGUCCCAAAUAGCAGUGUCCAAUGCCAGGUCCCCUCUGCCACCUCCAGGCCUGCUGCUUCGCCCUGUCCCACAGGGACGGCAACCAGCCCGCCUGCUCCCCAUCCUGUGGCUGGAGAUGACCAUGAGGGCUGCACACGUGUGCACCCAAGUGCAUACAGAUGUACGGGCCACGCACCGGCAUAGGCGUCAUAUGUGUGUGUGUUGCGUGUGUGUUGCACACGUAUGUGCAUGCCCUGAGCGUGCCAUGCAGCUUGGUCCCUCCCCACAGGCAGCAAAGAUCAGAUCCCAGACCAUCUCCUAUAAACAUCUGCCAGGGUUGAGACCACCCAGAGCUCCUACUCCUCUCCAGGGGCAUCGGUAGCCUCCCCCAGUUCCUCUGGGUGCCUACUGGGCACCCCCACACCUGAACCUCGUGUCAGGUCUCCAGGGCAACCCAGAGGCUAAGUAGGAACUGCUGCUGGCACAUCUUUUGGGGCUCACCUGCACACACCUGGUGCUGACCCAGCUUCAGAGGCCCAUUUGGUUAUAGCCUUUCCUCCCUCGUUUGCAUGCACGGUCCUGCAGGCCCAGCUGUGCCCCCUGUCCCCGGAGGAGGCACCUGCUCUGUCAAGAGCCCAGGCAGGGUGUGGGCAGAAACCAGCCUCAGGGUCCCUGAAGUUUCUAGGCAACAGCCCAGCCCUGUUCUCAUACAAGCUGAGAGGCCACAGCCCCCACCCUGGGGCCCUCCCCACCCCAGCCACAGGAUGGAGAGCUGGCAGGCUGUCUGGCCACUGUCCUCCUGGCUGGUCUGCCCCCUGAGCCUGCAGGUGGAGCCACCCCUGCAGCCCACCCCACACCCCAAACCCCCCGCGACUAACAGUCCUCCCCAGGGCUGGAAGAGGUGUUUCUGUACCUACUUAUCGGGGCACUGGCACCUCCCCCAGGCAGCUAGAGACCCCAGGAUCCUCUGGCGGAGAAGUCCUAAGUGUCCCUCCUCCUUUCCAGGAAUGCGGUGGGUGCAAAGGGGCUUGGGCACAGGCAGGUAACAAGAUCAUGAUCAGUGGUUGCUCAGAGCCUGCCUGCCCAGGUCACUGUCAGCCAGAGAGCCUGUGGGUGGGUGACAUCAGGAUAAAAGAGUCCAAAGAGGGGCGCCUGGGUGGCUCAGAUGGUUAAGCGUCUGCCUUCAGCUCAGGUCGUGA